UAGCACGAGGUUUGACAGCUCCACAGCCAAACAUGGCGACUGCUAGCUAGCGCAACCAGGUACCACCGUCGUCUUCUAUUCUUGGACCAGGGCCGCGGAACACUGAGAGAACCCACCGUUCGCCUUUCCAGGCCAUUACCCACCCGCUCGGCUCUCUGGGAACGUUACGGGAAGGCGGUCUGUGAGCCGCCUCGACCGCACAACAACAGUGGCUGAGGGCGGACUGGUCCUGCGGGCUUUCUUCCCCUCUUCGCCGGCAUGUUUCUCAGGUGAUCUCUGUGAAACAGCCCCUCACUCACUCUUGCUGACGAUGUCAUCGGCACCAGCAAAGCCCCCGGCCACCCUGUCCCCUGGGUCCCCAGUGCGGCCCUUGGAUGCCCUGGAAUCUCUGUCCAUGUCUUCGCUCCUGUCUGGGGAUUUAGACGAUGAUGGUGAUGGAGGAGGACGGGAGGAGGAUGGGCUCGGAGACCUAGAAGUGAACCCUUAUGACGGUUUGCCCUUUUCUUCACGCUACUACGCCCUACUGGAAGAGAGGCGGAGGUUUCCCAUCUGGAGGCUCAGACAGAGUCUGCUGGAGCUCCUGGAGAACCACAACAUGCUGCUGCUCAGUGCACCGAGUGGAGCUGGAAAAAGCACCCAGGUGCCACAGUGGUGUGUGGAGUAUGCUUUGUCCUAUGAGUUCUCUCAGGGCCUGGUGUGUUGUUCCCAGCCCUCUUCGGUGACAGCGGUGAGUCUGGCCCUUCGCGUGGCCGAUGAGAUGGACCUCAGUCUGGGUCUGGAGGUGGGCUACAGGGUGUCUCAUGAUGACAGCUGUACACCCGACACCCUGCUCAGGUUUGUGAGUGACACGCUCCUGCUAGAGGAGAUGAUGUCCGACCCUCUGCUGCACCAGUACGGCGUGGUGGUGUUGGACGAGCUCCAGGAGCGCACCGUGCCCACCGACGUGCUGCUGGGCCUGCUGUGUGACGUCUGCCGGCAGAGGCCAGACAACUUCCGGGUGGUUCUCCUCACUCACCCAACGCUGGCGCCUCGCCUCUCUGCCUUCCUGGGCCCGUCGGUCGCUCACCUCUCCCUGGACAGCGUGAUCACAGACCCCCCCACCAGAGACCAGGAGGGGGGCGCGAUGGAGCUUGAGUUGAACAGGGUGGAGACGCUGUACAGGGAGCUGUCCUCUGGGAAGGAGCCGGCGGCCGCUGCCUGUCACAUGGUGCUGGAUCUGCACCGCAGGGGAGAGGAGGGAGAUGUCAUGGUGUUUGUGUCCAGUGCUCAGGAAACAGAGGAGUGUGUGGCUCUGCUGGAGAAGGAGUGUGUAGCUCUGAGUCCUCAGCUAGGUCCUCUCAGGAUCCUCCCCCUCCAUGCUGGACUGGGUGGGCUGGCCCAGCGGGUCUACGAAUCCAACUCGGAAGUUUCUCCACUGAGGGAGAGUGCCGGCUCUGAGGGCCUGGAUGGCGCAGUGCUGGGAGCCAGAGGUCAGGGGGUGAAAAGGAAGGUCAUUCUCUCCGAUACCCUGGCAGAGGCUUCCUUCUCCCUGCCAGCCAUUCGCUAUGUCAUAGACACAGGCCUUCAACUCAAAACUGUUUACAAUACACAAAUACGAGCUAACUCGCAGGUCGUGAGGACGAUCAGCAAACACCAGGCCGACAUGAGGACUCAAAGGGUGAACAGCCACCUCCCAGGGCUGUGUCUCCGUCUUUACCCCCAGUCUCUGUAUGAUGGGAUGGAGGAGGCUCAUUGUCCAGGGGUGGAGGAGGAGAACCUGAGCCACUUGGUGCUGUUGCUGAAGAGGCUUGAUAUUGCCGACAUGGGACAGUGCAAGUUCCUCGACAGACCAGCCCCCGAGGCUCUAAUGCAGGCUCUGGAGGACCUGGACUACCUGGCAGCCCUGGAUGAUGAUGGGAACCUGUCAGAGGUGGGCAUCAUAAUGUCCGAGCUGCCACUGGAGCCACCUCUGGCUAAAGCCCUGAUCGCUGCCUGCGAGUACGACUGUGUUGAUGAGCUGCUCACUAUAGCCGCCAUGCUGACAGCUCCUUCCUGCUUUGUGACAGCAGAAGCCAACAGACAGGAGGCUGCUGUCACAUGCUGGCGACCCCUGAUGCACGCAGAGGGAGACCACAUGACUCUCAUUAAUAUUUACAACACCUUCAUAGAGCAUAAUCAGGAUGAGGCGUGGUGCACGACAAACUUCCUCAGUCACGCCGCGUUGCGAUUGGCUGUGGUGAUCAGGGCGGAGCUGCUGGAGGUGAUGCAGCGAAUAGAGCUUCCUGUUUCUCCUCCUGCUUUCGGAUGCCAAGACAACUGCACCAACAUCAAGCGCGCUCUCAUCUCAGGCUUCUUCCUCAAAGUGGCUCAUGAUGUGGAUGGCUCAGGUAACUACCUCCUGCUAACUCACCGCCAUGUGGCUCACCUGCAUCCCUUCUCUUCCUACCUGUGUCGGCAACCGUGCCCCAAACCCCCGAGCUGGGUCCUGUACCAUGAAUUCACCAUCUCCUGUGAUAACUGCAUCCGCAUCGCUUCAGAAGUCCACCCUCAGAUGCUCAUGGAGUUGGCCCCUCAGUACUACCUGGGAAACCUGCCAUCGAGUGACGGCAAAGAGCUGCUCAUGGAGCUGAGGCAGAGUCUGGAGCCCCGGUCCUACGAGCCGGACCCGAGAUCAGACCAUCACAGCAGGACUCACAGGGACGCAGACGGGACAGGAGAGUCUCACAGUCAGUCCAGCACCGAGCUCUGUGUUGUCCAAUGAGACGGAAGAAGGCACUAAACACGCGGCUGUCACUUUAUAAUUUGAUCUGAGAUUUGGUACAAUGUAUAAAUUAGGGUUUAAUCAUUUCUGUGAUGUAUGAUUUCAAAUGUACAGUGAUGUAUUGUUAAUAUAUCAUAUAUGCAGUGGCUUUGGAAAAUAGUCAAACCCCUUUUUUUGUCCUUUUUGUGCUCUGGAUUGACUUAAUUAAAAGGUUUAUUUAGAAUGUUUUUUAUUUAAUGAGGGAGUGUUUCUGUUAUUCUAUAAACAUAGUUUAAUAAUAGUCUGAUCGCCCUCUCAACACAGAGUGGAUGAAACACUAUCAAACCCCUGAGGUGUCGGUUGUGUUAAAACAUUUGAGAUUCAGCUAAACGCAAUACGCAAAGGUUGACCUUUGACCUCUAUGCAGAUGGCUUCUCAGGGCUCACUGAUGCACAGAGCUUCUAUUUUCAACAUUUUGAUACUGUUUUUAAAUGUUUUGGGUUUCUGGCUUAGAUUCUGCCUUUUUCUCUCCAUCUUUGUGUCGGUAAUGAAGAAUCCUAUUUAAUAGGAUGUCUGUCAAUACAGUACUUCAAAUAAAAAUGUGUUUUUUCAUGUUG